UUUUAUUUUGAAGUCAUUCGGAUGAACAAUGACUGGAGGACGCACGCGGCUGAUCUUUGAGUCCGUGCGGCUCGGGGGCGGAGCAUGCGUGGUUCUCAGCGGGCAGGAAAAGCAGCAGGAGCCGUGGACACAGACGGAUGCGCUCGAGCGCCUGGUCUUUAGCGGCUUUUUCCAAAUGGCCACCACGGCGGACGACCAACUGGAGACCACGGACUUCGCCGCGCUGUCGACGCACCGCGGCUGCCGCCACCACCACCACAACAGCAACAACAACAAUAACAACAACAACAAAGACAGCGAGGCGGGAGAAAGCGCUACGUCCGCCACAGCCAGCGCCGCCGAACCAGGCGGGACCGCGUCGCAGGGCAUUGGCAACGGCUCGGUCAUCAACGCUGGCGCGGGGAAUAAUGGGAAGUGGGUCCGGCUGAACGUUGGCGGUACCGUCUUCCUCACGACGCGGCAGACCCUCCUGAAGGAACAAACUUCGUUCCUGUACCGGUUGUGCCAGCAGCAGGACCUGCACUCAGACACGGACGAGACAGGAGCCUACGUGAUUGACAGGGAUCCCACCUACUUCGGUCCAAUCCUUAACUACUUGCGUCAUGGCAAACUGGUGUACAACAAAGAGCUGGCUGAAGAAGGUGUCUUGGAGGAAGCUGAGUUCUACAACAUCACGCCACUGAUUAAACUCAUUAAGGAGAGAAUCAUUGAACGAGAUUCUAAAGCCACGCAGCAGGUGCCUCCCAAGCAUGUCUACCGAGUGCUGCAGUGCCAGGAGGAGGAGCUGACCCAGAUGGUCUCCACAAUGUCAGACGGCUGGAAGUUUGAGCAGGUCAGCGUGCGCUCCUGCAGAAAGCCCCGCACCGGACUGCUCUGGACUAUGGUGAACAUUGGGUCCUCAUACAGCUACGGAACAGAAGACCAGGCUGAGUUUCUGUGUGUUGUGUCUAAGGAGCUUCACACUCCUGGAUCUGGACUGGGUACAGAGCAGAGCCACAAAACUAAGCAGGCGGAGAUGCAGGAGGAGGGAGCAGCAAAGGAUGAGGAGGAAGAGGAGGAGGGAGGGAGAGAUACCACACCAAAUGAGUGGCUUAGAGAAUGAGGGAUUCAUGUGUCUUUGUUCCAAAGCGAGUCGUGAAUGGCUUUUCCAGAUCCACGGGUCCCGGAUGUAGAAAUGGCCAAAAUUCCAAUUUUUUUAGGUUCAUGGUAAAUGGAUUGGAUCAGUGGAUGGUCAUCAAAACUGAUCUGUAGUAUUGUUUUCACGCUAGUGGAAAAAAAGAUUAGCAGGUGACCAAACAGAAGCAAAGCCCCCACAGUCUCUGUGAUAUUAUUAAAAUAUUAGAAGUAUAUUUUUCAAUUAAACAAAUUUUAUUAGUUGAAAUGAUUGUGAGUGUGACAUUGUCAGUGAAACUUAGUAAAUUAUGACCAAAGAUUCAGAUUAAAGGUGACAAAACCAAGGUGCUUAAUUCAAAUUGUGUAAUGGUAACACUGACUUAGGGGCAUUCAUUACUUAAAAACCAAGAUGUCUGCUGGAUUCUAUCUUAGUAAUGGUUGGGGCUGUUUCCCAAACUUCAUGUUGAUGGUAAGGUCAUUUUUUUCAUCAUGAUAUUAUCAUUUUUAUUUUGCACUUGAGACUGAAUUUCAUCAAAGGGAAGAAACAACCUCCUUGGCUGGGAAAUGAACACAGUGAGUGCACCACAAAUUUCAACCAGGGCCAAAGUGUUUUGGUUUGGCCUUUUACCUGCAAGAAACUCUGAAGAAUGUGGGUUAAGACUGGUUUGAUGCAGUGCUGCACGGUGCUGUGCGAUAAACAGAGGGGGCUUUAUAAAUAGGUCAGUUCACCUCAGUUCUGUGUUGUUGGGUUUUGAAUACAGUGUAGACUGUGUUGUGUUAGCACGUUAACAACGUGACCCCACAGUGAACAGUUCCAAGUCUGCUAUUUCCUGGCCACCCAGCAAAUGUCUUUGUAAAUUUUCCUUUUGUUUUUAGGUGUCAUAUAUCCAAUAUGCCCCCUACAGGGCUUUGACUCUAGUGGUGCAGUUGUGGACUAAAGAAUUAAAUGCAUUUUUUAAGGUUUUUGGUUAUUAUCAGUACCUGAUAAAUGAUCUGUUAGAAAAUGCAUUGUAGAAAGAUGAAACAUUAAAAAACCACAUAUGAUAAACAAACAAAAGAACAAAUGACCAUAAACUAGUUAAUUCACUUAAUGUUGCCAUUGUGACCUGCAUAUAUUCAUCAUCAGGCAAAUUACCGUCCUGGUCAACAGUGUCCUGUGUGAGUUAUUUUGUAUUUUUGCAAAUGGGCUGAGACACAUGAUGGGACACAGUUAUAGUUGGUUUUAUGACGACUUGACCAGCAGGAAAAAAAGUGCAUGGGAAAAAAAUUAGUUUGUCAAAUUCAGAAAACUAAUGUUCUACAGCUCUUCCUACAGAACUCCACCAGGGUUCUGAGGCUUCUGCUGCCAUAUUGGCUGCUGGCAAUAAGCAGUUAGUUGUAGUGAGAGACAAUCAAAAAUCAUAAAUCAUGGUCAAAACCAUUUUUAUAGCAUUUUGAUAAUUAAAUAAAAAUAGAUCUGGAGUAAUUCAUGUGUAUCUUGGACAUAAGGUGUUGUCGUCCAUUUAUAACGUUAAACAGAAACUACAAUACCUUAGUAGUUAGAUGUUAUCAUACAAUAAUUGUUAGAGUAGGAAACAGUUGCUCAUCAAGCUGAUAAUCACGACAUUGUCAAGAGGCUGAAAUAAUUUGUAUAUUUGCUAUAUUAUUUUUUUUGUAAUUUGGAUCAUUCUGUGCCUUGAGUUCAAGCAUCAAAACAUGUCAAGAUGAUCAUAUCUAUUGUUACAUUCAUUUUUAUAUGGACGCUUUAGUUUUUUGAUGACAUAAUAGGUAAUAUUUUGUAAAGGAUUGGUUUGUGUGAUCUCUUUCCCCUUCCUCCAUCCAUUUUGUUUGUGUAGAGGGAGAUGAAGACAUAGAAGGUGAAGCUGUUUGGUGCAGCUGCCUUUUUUAUUCUUUGUUGAGUUGUCUAAUUUAUUUUAUUAUUUUUAAAGUUACACUAAGAAUUCUGGCUCAGUUUUUUGUAUUGGGGGGGGGUGUUAUGUUUAGCUCUUUCUACUUGAAAACCUUUUAGGUUUUGUCAACCUGGUUAUUGAAAGACAAUCAUCAGGUUUGCUGAAGUCUUAGUUCACAUGUUGAUGUUGUUAAGGGAAAAAUUGAGAACGUGGCCACUUAUGUAAACCUCCGUUUGCGUGUCCAGUUCCCUCAUUUGUAUUAUGCUGUUUUUUCUUGUGUAGAACCUCUGUAUAGAUAAGAAAUACAAUGUGACACAUGAAUUGUAAUGCUUCCAAUGAACCUGUACAGGACCUGAGCAGCACACACCCACAACUACAUGACGUUCUUUAUUUCCAUGAAUGUUGGCAGUUCAAAAGCAUAAAUAAAACAUUGUCCUUGGUUUAAAACCACAAA